AUGGAGGACGAGGCUGACAAUCCCCGUCAGCCUUCCCCGUCAUAUCCUGCCGAGGAAGAAAAACUAGUCCAUCCGGAAAACUCAACGCCGGGACUGGACUUUGGUGGAGACAAUCUGCCUCUCUUUCUUCCCUCCUCUUCCUCGGCAAAUGUCCUCGAGCAAGAAACCCCUGAAACUAGCGAACGCAGUGUACAUGGCGACAUGACGAAUGUCCCUGGCAAUGGCACUGAUGUACCUGGCAGUGCAACGGAUGUACCUGGGAGUGCAACGGAUGUACCUGACAGUGCAAAAGAUGUACCUGACAGUGCAACAGUUGUACUUGACAACGAAACAGUACCAGUAGCCACAGAACCCCGAAACCCUACUGAGCAGAGAAUGGAAGGGUUGAAUCCGCGACAAAUACACCAAGUCGUUGAACUUUUCAGUCGAUUUCAACAGUUGAUAGCCACGUCUACACGCCCAAAUCAACCCCCAGCACGCGAGGAUACAAACACGUCACCCUCUGCGGCUCAGGAUCUCGUAACCUACACAAUUCGAUCUAAAACGUCGAAGAAUGACUCGUAUUGGGCUCCUCAGAAUGUAAGUGAGGAGGAAUGGGACCGGAUGCAUGUGGAGGGAUAUGGCUCGGUCCUUGAGAUGAGAAAAGAUGGCUAUCUCAGCAAGACACGGACAGGAAACAAGUUCAGCGCGUUGAUUGAUGAGACGAUGGUCAUCCACUCACCUUACCUCAUCAAAAUCAUGCCAGAACUCGUCGGAUACUAUCCGAGUUCCAAGAACGCCGGCGGAAAGCUCAGUGUUGGCAACCAGAUGAUGAAAGUCUCACGGCCCUAUCGAAUGUUUGGUGGCGCACGCAACAACAUUCAGAGAGUGCGUGAGAAGUAUCAGACCCAACUCAAAGAGGAACGGUUCGGAUCUGACCAAAGCCGAGAAGAUCUGGAGCUGACCGUCAAGCACAUUGAGAAGCUUGAACAUGAGCUGGACAAGGUCUUGAAGGAACCGAUUGAGAUGGAACAACAGGGAUAUCGGCAGAAUCCGCCAGUCGCUUCGUUUGAUAUGCUGUGGCUGCUUUUCCGCCCGGGAGAAUUGGUGUACACCAAGAUUGACGAUGAGUGGGCAUGCUGCAUGGUGCUGAUCCCAUUUUGGGGCGGCGGGCAGAUCCUGGACGACACGUGGACACCAGUCCAUCUCAUCUUGAAACUCUGGUUUCUUGAUUUCAAUGGGAAGGUUUUGGAUCGCAGACGGCAUGAGCUCCGCAUCGAAAACUUCACUGGGCAGAGAAACAUUCUUGCCCUUGAUGCAUAUCCCAUCAAGUAUCACCCUGAUCCGAGCCUGAGGGAAAAGCUCACGAAUCGUGGGAAAAAGUACAUGACCUUUCUGCAGAGCCUUGCACCCCAAUGCGUCUACGAUGGAUUUGUGUUCAAGGAUCAAGACCACAAGAAGACCAUGAAGGAGAGACAUUUCUACAACGGAAAAGUAGUGGUGGAUCCAGUCUUCCAUUGCCGAGAGUACGGUCCUCCAGACUUCGGACCAGAGUCCUGGGUCCAGAAAACAGACAUCUGGCGCUCAGACAACAACAGCAGUGGGGAAAUGAAGAAGUAUGUGGACAUAGACCCAAGCAAGGAGAACAACAAUCUGGAAGACUCGCAUUAUCUGUUGCUUGCGAGGUACAUCAGAGGGUUCACCUUGGCGACGAGGCAAUGGGUAUGGUUGGAUGUGGAAAACAUGGAAAAAUACCCAAGAACCGAAAGCGACCGCGACGGCCCAAUCAAGGAGCUACAAAUCUCUCCGGAGGAUUUGCGCAUGAUCAAGGCGUUCACGCCGAAGUUGGAUUCGCGCCAAAGAUCUUCCGGCGGAGAACAGGCUCCAGUUUCGUUCGACCCAAUAGCGGGGAAAGGAGAGGGGCGCAUCAUGCUCCUGUAUGGCAAACCCGGCACCGGAAAGACUUUCACAGUCGAAUGCCUGGCCGAAGAUACAGGGAGGCCACUGCUUCGCUUAUCGUGCAAGGAGCUAGGCAUAAAUCCUGUCACCCUUGAAGAUCGACUAUGGAAAUGGUUUAGGAUGGCUGAAGAAUGGCAAGGAAUCCUCCUCAUUGACGAAGCAGAUGUGUACCUCCAUCAAAGAGGUCUGUCAGACUCGUUGAAAAGUGAGACGAUUGUGACUGUUUUCCUGCGCGCCCUUGAGUACUACCGAGGGAUCCUCUUUCUCACGGCAAACAAAAUGAGCAAAUUCGACGACGCCAUCCUCAACCGGAUAUCUCCCCUGGUUCAUAUGCCCGGUCUUGAACCCCUUCAACGACGACAGCUCAUCGAGAAGUAUAAGGACAAGAUCGGAAAAGAUGGCAGAUAUGAUGUACGCGACGGAGCCCGGGAAAAGUUCGAGCAGAUUGCGGAUUCUCGUUCGAAUUUCAACGGACGCGAAAUCAAGACGAUCUUCCACAUGGCGGUUGCGCUUGCGACGGAAAAGCACUCUCGGUAUGGCAACAAACCUGGGGGGAUAAGCAUUGACGCGGAGUCCGUCGCAAAGAUCAUGCAGAACAUGGUAAAGUUCCGUGCUCACCAGGAGAAAUUGACGAGUGGAGGAACAGAGGCUUUUCAACAGCUUCAUCAAAUCGAAUCGAUCCAGAAACAAGCUCAUGAUGAAAACAUGUGGGGAAAUUAG